CUUGAGCGGGCUACCGCUGUUGUUUUGGGUUGUUUACAAACACAUUGCUGUGUGAUUUUUUUUCCCGCGGCAGCUUUGUCAUUCCAACCGGGGUAGGGCAGAAUGAAUAAAGAUAUACCUCAAUCCAUUACGGGGGAGUCUAACGGCAAAGAACGAAGACGCUCGGCGCGACUGAAUUCUCCUCCAACUCAGGUGAACGUUGACAAAAUGGAGCCUGUCAAGCCAUCCAUCGCUGUAAAGAAGACAACGGCCAGGAAAACUGUUCUGCCCUCGGAGCACGACAAAGAGAAUGCUGUGAGCAUGUCUGGAUGCAAUUCACAGAAGAUUUCUACCCCAGGUCCUGAUGAAGUACCCCCGCCGACGAAGGAUACCUUGCCCUCUCCUAUCCUGGCUUCAUCUGCAGAGGAUUUGGUAUGGUCGAAGAAGGUGCGCCGGUCCUACAGUCGGCUCAGCGACCAGUCGUUUGACAGCAUCGGAUCCUGCGAUGUUAUGUUUGGAUUUGAGAACCUAAAGACCCCCGAAGUUGUGCGGAAGAGGGUACGGCCCUAUAGCACCGUCGAUGUCUCAGGAUCUUCACCUGGCGGAGACGACUGCCUCAUUUUCCCCGAGCCAGAUCCGAACAUCCCCGGAGUGGCCGUGGUGAAGGAGAAGAGGAAGAGGAGAAAGAGAAUUGAACAGAUAAAUGUCGCAGAGCUGGAGAGCUACGCUGCAAUGAUGAAUGCAGAGUUUGAGGAGGCAGAAGGAUUUCAGCUGGUCGUUGAGUAGUUUUGCGGUUAAUUUGUUGUGAUUUAAGAUGUUAUUAAAAAAAUUAUUCUUUUAUGUAAAUGUUUUUGA